AUGUCUGUCCGGGGUUUCAAGUCUUUUCCAAGUCUACCCUUUCCAGACACACCAUGCCUUGCUCGUGCUUGUGCAGCACUCGUUGUUUGUUUCGUUGCCGCCCUCUCGCCAACUUGGAUGCAAAGUGGUGGGCCCGUUUUGAUACCUUUCUUCGUUGACAGGCUCUUGCAGAGAGGACAGAAAGAUGCCCAUUUGUCUCUCCGUCUCUCCGGCUUCCUGUCCGAGGCUUUCGUGUCCUCCUAG